UGUAUGCUAUAGCCUUUAAUUGGAAGUAAAAUGAUCAGUCUCAUCAGAAUAUUUUUUUAAUUGCUCGCUAAAUUUUGACUUGUAGAUGGAAAGAUAUAUCUUUACGAUACGAAAUUCUUUAGAUAUCUUGUGACGUUUGCAUUAUUAUUGUGCUAAAGAUGUAUAUAUCUAAAGGAGAAUAUCAUUACAUACUUCAAUUUUUCAACAAAAGAAAUGAUUCUACAAGAAUAAGAAUUUUUAUAAUUCUAAAGCUAAAAACAUAGCUGAAUAUGAAAGAAGUACAGUGGCAGAAAAAUUUAUAUGAAAAUUAUGGCUUGCCAGACAAUUACACAGAUAGGUCCUUCUUAGAACAACUGCGUAAAAAUAUAAAACCAAAUAAUGUAACAAUGACUGAAGCGAUAAGUUUGGGUGCCAGUAUAUCCAUACAAUUGAGCAUUGUAGUACUUUUUGUCAUAAUAUUUAUUUGGUUAAAUAAUGAGUGGAUCACACCAAAUGUUAUUGUAGUAUCAGGUGGCAUAUUAACAAUUUUUGGAUAUUUUAUUUAUAACAUUAAAGUAUCCAAUCGAUCUGUGAGAUUGACAAAAGAUUUGUGGACAGUAUUAAUAUUUGUUACAUUUGGUUAUAUAUUAUCGCCUAUUUUGAAAACUUUAACUGAAACAAUUAGUACUGAUACAAUUUAUGCUAUGACAAUAUUCAUGUUCUUGACUCAUUUAAUAUUUAGUAAAUAUGGAUCAUCACAAAUCUCUUUGUCAGAUUCCUUAUCCAUAACUUCUUCAAUUUUUGGUUCAUUAAUGUUGGCUUCCAGAUUAACAUCUCCAUUACAUGCUUUUUCACUUUUAACAGUUUCCGUUCAGUGUUUUGUAUUGUUACCAUAUUUAUUGUCACAAAUAAUUAAUAAAAUUUUCAUAUCAGUUUUUUUGACAAUUGGUACCAUAUAUUUACUUUUAUUUAUCUCACAAACAUUUUCAUAUGUUUUUAUUGUUGCUAUAAUAUUCCUCCAUUUUAUUUGUCCACUUUGGUAUAUUAGAUGCCAAAAAUAUAAAGAUAACAUUUAUGGUCCAUGGGAUGAAGCAGUAAUCGUUUCCUAAAACAAAUAGAACAUAUUCUCUGUAAAGUAUCAUGAUUAUAUAAAACUGUAUAUAAAUGUAAACAUGUAAU